GGGGAAAAGUAAAAUAAAAAAAAGGGCUGCGGGACAAAAAGAAAGGAGGAAAGAGAGAAAGGAAGAGAGAGAGGGAGGGCGCAUCUGAAGCCUGGUGCGGUCGUGGGAACGCACAGCACAGUCGAGACCUCUUGUGCUAGUACCUUCUUCCUUCCCAAGCUCUUUCUCUCUCAACCCUCCCGUGUUCCCCCCACCUCUCGAAGAGAAGCACAGUCGCUUCUGCGCUUUGUGAGGCGAAGCAGCUCCGUCAGUUGUUAUCCGGCGGAGAUCCGGGCGAGGGCGAAGGCGAUCUGGGUGGAGAAUGUGAAGGAGAAUGGCUGGGAAUGGCGGAGGUGGCAGCAGCAGGGGGGGCGCGACCGCCAUUGGCUCUGCGGAUACCAGAUUCCGACCUCAGCUGCGGGAAAGGCGGAACAAAUGGGGGGGCUGCUUUGGAUUGUCCUGUUUCGGAUUACACAAAGAAGGAAAGCGUAUUGUUCCGGCAUCACGGAUUCCAGAUGGAAAUGCCUCAACCAGUAAUGUGAAUGGCCUUUCAAAUCAGAGUGCACCUCUGAACUUAUCGCUUCUUGCUCCACCUUCUUCGCCAGCAUCCUUUAUAAACUCUGCACUUCCUUCAACAGCCCAAUCACCUAGUUGCUUCCUCUCUAUAUCUGCCAAUUCCCCUGGUGGGCCAUCAUCGACCAUGUUUGCCACUGGUCCAUAUGCUCAUGAAACCCAACUAGUUUCCCCUCCUGUGUUCUCGACUUUUACAACAGAACCAUCUACUGCUCCACUCACCCCUCCACCCGAACUCGCUCACCUCACCACUCCUUCAUCGCCAGAUGUGCCUUUCGCACGAUUUCUUUCCUCUUCUGCAGGUAUUAAAGGCGCUGGUAAAGAGAAUGCAGCCGCACCUUUCUUGUCAUCACAUUAUCCUGUUGGUUCUGACCUUCAGGCAACUUAUCCGCUUUACUACCCGGGAAGUCCUUCUAGCAGCUUAAUAUCUCCCGCCUCCGCAACUCCAAGGACCGGUCUUUCCUCGCCUUUUCCUGAAAAGGAGUCGGUCCCUACACAAUGGAAUACCUCAAUCUCUGCUUGUGACUCUCCAAGGGUAUCAUCAAAUUCUAAGCUGUUUGGGCUUGAUUCUGCUACCUCCAGAAAAUUCAUGUUGUUGCAAAAGACCAAUUUCUUUUGCCCUGCUACAUCUGCACAGUUCUUCUUGGACCAGGCACAGCAGUCACUGCCCUAUGGAGGGAGACUAAGUGUUUCCAGGGAAGGGGAUGUUUAUUCCAACGGUGGAAACAGACAUACCAAGAAUAGCAAACAAGAUGUUGAGGAGGUUGAAGCCUACAGAGCGUCGUUUGGGUUUAGCGCCGAUGAAAUCAUCGCUACACAAAACUAUGUGGAGAUAGCUGAUGCUGCUGAUGAGUCUUUUACCAUGUCUCCCUUUGCAAGUAGUAGUAUAUCUAAAGAGCAUAAUCCAGUAAAUGAGUUGACUAAUGAAGAUCGGAAGAUGGCACUCUCACGUAUGCAGGAUUGUGGAAGUCCACAAAAAGUAACUGAUCAGCUUGUCAACGGAGCUGAGUAUAAAAUUCUGGACUCGAACAAUGCAUUUGCAGCUUCUAAACCAAACACUCAAUCCAAGAUCCCUACUCUUUUAGAAAAUGGGCAUGCUUCCAUUGAGGAUGAGGAAACUCCUCCAAAAAGCUCAGAACCCCAUGAAAGAAAGAUAGUUCGCUCUAGCAAGGCAUGCUCGGAUGCGGAAAUCGACUACAGAAGAGCAAGAAGUAUCAGAGAAGCUAAUAGCAUUCUGGCCUGGCGCAACUCGUUGCCUUAAGAGCACACCCUCAUGUACUAAUCUGCAGUAUGAGUUUAGAUUUUGUAGCCGUUGUAAGAAUUCCGGGCCGUCCUUUAGAUCAUCAAUCUUUCUGUUGUUUGUACUGUCGGAGGUUUCUAAUUCCUGAUAGAGAUUAGGUACUGUGAUUAUCUCCUUGAAUCUACCUAAAUUUCUUCUGUGCUGUAAUCCUCGUAAGGAUGUUCGCCAGUGAUGAUAACUAAAUAUUGCUGAAGGACAACUAUUGGCUUGUAUACUUAGUUGAUUUUGUGGUUGGGAAACCAAAGAAUAUCAUUUAUGAGCAAAGAACGAAAGAUAUGAGUGGGAGGCUGUUGUUUGGCGGAGAACAAAAUUGAAGCUUAUUAGUUGCCUGCUAAGGCAUGCUGCCUAUGUUUCUUGGACACCAGUGAUGAACUCUGAUUUUAUUUUGUGAAUAAUCGUGUUCGCUUGUGAUGGUUUCAAAA